UUGAAAUUUAAUGCUAUGUAAAAACUGGUAUUUGGAUGAAUUGAAAUUUGAAUGAAGGAAUGGUUUAAAAAAAUGUCUAAGGAUAUCUGGAGAUCUCAAGGUUUGCGAGCGAUUUUUUCUAUCAGCAGUGCAAUUGCUUUCUGCUACUAUAUAUAUUUGAACCAUUUCGUGGAACGCAGCAAUCUGGUCGAGGCGGCAAAAGAAGAAGAACAUAUGGUCUUGAAUAGCACAAAUGUUACACAUACAAUUCUUUGGUGGAAUCAGCCGAUAUGGGUUGUACCAUAUGAAACAAAAUGUAGUAACUGUAUAACUUCAACGAACAGAAGCGUUUUCGAUAAAAGCUCUGCAGUGGUGUUUUCCUUAGCGGAUGGUCAUAUGGGUUCACAACCACCAAUAGAAAACAAUAUGAGAAACCAAAAUCAAAUCUGGGUAGCCUUUUCAUUAGAGACAAUUGUACAAAACUCGUGGAUCAAAGAUUACAAAAAUAAACAUUGGAAAGAUGUGUUCAAUUGGACAUGGAACUAUAGACCAUCUGCAGAUAUAUUUAUGCCGUAUGGAAGGGUAUCAGAAAAAUUAAAGCCAUUGUCAAAAAACUACUCCAUGAUAUUUCAACGGAAAAACAAAUUUGCAGCAUGGGCCGUGAGUCAUUGCAAUGCACACAGUCUAAGAGACAAAUUUGUGAAAAACAUGAAUAUGCGUUUGCAAAACCACAGUAUCGACAUAUUUGGAAAGUGUGGCCCUUUAAAAAUUUCAAAGGAUAAACUCCCUUCUUUAUUAAGCCAUGAUUAUAAAUUUUAUUUAGCGUUUGAAAAUGCUUUUUGUGAUGAUUAUGUGACGGAAAAGAUAUUUGCCCACUUUAACACUGAUAUUAUUAAUGUGGUUCGCGGAAAAGCAAAUUAUACCAAUAUAUUUCCAAAAGGUUCGUUCAUCAACACCAGCGACUUCAGAAACACAAGCGAUUUAGUUAAUUAUUUGGUUGAAGUGUCGGAAAAUGAAACCUUGUAUUCGAACUACUUAAUACAGAAAGACAAAUUUCAAGCGUGGGACGAUCUCAAAGAGCAAUAUAAGCAGUCAAUAUGUAAUAUUUGCCGACAAUUGAAUGAUCCCUAUCUUGAACGAAAGACAAUUUAUGACGCAGAAGAGGAACUUGGACAGUGCAUCAAACCAAAUGAUGUUUAGUUUAAUCGAGUGUUUCAUUCUGAUCGAAUAGGUCACACUCCAAUCAAAUGCCUUCCUUCUUGGUUUUAGCAUGAACAUGUAAAACAUGUGAAUACACAUUACUUAUAGUUUGGUCUGGCUGUAGAUACAAAAAAUGAUCAAAUUCAUGUCAUUUUUCGCCUUCUUGUAAUUGAAUAAAACAUCUCAUAUCGGCUAUUAAGACUCUUCUUAUUUGUCAUCGAAAAUAGUCAUGUUGCACAAUAUGUGCGUUUAUUUAAAUGUCUACACACGUGUUAAGUUUUUGUCUCGUAGACGAUAUGAAGAAACACUAUAAUAUAAUAUUUGCUAAUUCUGGUGUUUGAGUUCAAAUACCAUACCAUGUUCUUGUUUAUUCAUCAGACCAAAUGCUUUUACUUAAUUACUGACUUAUUGCAUAUAUGUUAAAUAAUUGUUGGUUGUGUUUAAGACAGAAAAGUUGUGAUGAUUUACUACUUACUUCAUGUAUUUUUCCAUCAAAGACCUUUUUUUGUUUUUUCAGCAAUUUGGGUUUUUCGAAGAGUCCGUGCCCAUUAAACUGCGGAAAAUGGUUUAACAUACGCGAAAGAACGGUCCCAUACAUCUUGAAUAUACGGACGUGUUCGAUCCCAAGUCAAGUCAAAACAAUAUUUAUUUAUUGUCGGGUACUAUCAUCAACAGUUUAACAUAAGCUAUGAAUAGCUUUUGACCGUACAACCAACGUGUACGGGACCAAUACACGAAUACGUAUACGGAACAAAACGUGUACGGACUUCCGUAUAUCCAUCCCCGUACCCAUGUAUAUACGGAAUUAUCAAUGUAUAUGAAAAAAUGUGUCAUUUGUUUUAAUUUCUUUUACGUAUUUUUGAAGAAAUAUAUAUUUUAUGCAUAGCAUUUUUUGGCAAAAAUAUAUGUAUGGAUGUACGGAGCCCGUACACUUGCAUAUUCGGGAUGGAUUAACGGAUCCCGUACUUGCAACGUACACGGGAUGAAUAUACCGACCCCGUACAUGCAAUGGGUACGGGCCGAAUAUACGGACCCCGUACAUGCAACAUGUUUGGGAUUAAUAUACGGAUCCCGUAUACGCAACGUGUACAGGAUGAAUAUAUGGACCUCGUACACGCAACAUGUUCGGGA